AUGGAUACCAUCUUGGUCUUCAGCCUAAUCAUUGCAUCCUAUGAUACCAAUGAGAAAGACCUCAAAGAUAGCAGCUGCCAAGUGGAAAAGCUGCCUGGGCUCUUCCCAAAGGACGUGAGAAACAUUGGGGAUUUGCUAAUUCAAGAAACUCACACAGAAGCCAAAAGGGCCACAUUCAUCCAAAAUCAGACUAUGGUUUCCCUGCAGUGCCUUGGCUCUGGGAGCAAAGUGAAAGUCAACCUUGUAUAUUCAGAGAGACGGACUAUGGUCAAACAUAUUCUGAAGAACCUGAGAGUCACUGCUGCUCCCCACAAAAACAGCUCUGCCUCCCCAAGCUGUCACCUAACCCCCACAUCCAAACUUAAGAAUGGAGCUCUUCUAACAGGCAAAGCUUUUCUACCAGGGAUCUCCCAAUGUAAGGUCUAUCCAGUGAUGGGGGUGUCAUCAGAGAAUUUUUCCACCACUACCACUACCAUAACUCCUGGGAAUAAAGAAGGAGAGAAAACUACAAGUAUUGACACAGAUGAGGACCUAGAGAAGAGGAGGAAAUGGAGUAUUGUGGUCAAAUUUCUGAUUGCUGUCACCCUAUUGUUCAGUGGAGUUGCCAUUACAGUUUUCAUAAUUUUUGAAGUCCCAUGCCCUUGUCGAUGCCCAGGAACCAGAGAGCUGUGCCAAUGCCAGCGGCUGUGGAGAAGGCAGAGGAAAGGAGACCAGCAACCUGGGACAGCUGAAUCCCAGCCCGACUCUCAGCAUGAGAAGGAAAGUGUUGGACAAGAUGUUCCCAAUUCACCAAACCCAAAGAAAGCAAUGGGAAUCACUGUUAUCCACCAGACAUACUUCUGA